CAGGCACCCAAGAAGGCCAAGAGGAGACAGCAGCAGGGUGAGGGUGGAUCCUCCAAUGUGUUCUCCAUGUUUGAGCAGAGCCAGAUCCAGGAGUACAAGGAGGCUUUCACAAUCAUCGACCAGAACAGAGAUGGCAUCAUCAGCAAGGACGACCUCAGGGACGUGCUGGCCACCAUGGGCCAACUGAAUGUGAAGAAUGAGGAGCUGGAGGCCAUGGUGAAGGAGGCCAGCGGCCCCAUCAACUUCACCGUCUUCCUGACCAUGUUCGGCGAGAAGCUGAAGGGUGCUGAUCCCGAGGACGUCAUCGUGAGCGCUUUCAAGGUCCUGGACCCCGAGGGCACCGGCUCCAUCAAGAAGGAAUUCCUUGAGGAGCUCCUGACCACCCAGUGCGACAGGUUCACCGCUGAGGAGAUGACCAACCUGUGGGCUGCUUUCCCCCCUGAUGUGGCUGGCAAUGUGGACUACAAGAACAUCUGCUACGUCAUCACACACGGAGAGGACAAGGAGGAGUAA